UAUCUAUUUAUUUCCUGUUUUCAUAAAACAAGAGGCACGCCCGCGAUCUUUUACUUGUACGCAUUAGGAAAUCAGUUUUGCUACGUCUCAGUCGACUUAAACUUCGUUAUGUCUCAGUCGAUAUUAUAUUCCAUUGAUCUUGCAUUAAGAUUCGUACAAAAAUUUCUUUUUAGUUUUUUCUUUUUCUUCUCAUAUACUAUAUCACUUGAGUGAGACUUGGUUAAGUCUCAGUCGACUGAGACCUAGACACACCCUUAAAAAAUACCCUCCCUAAAAAGGGGAGCCUCGUGUUUUUUUUUUGGCGAAACAGUUCGACCCACCCGUUAUUGUUCGACCUCCUCAGCCCCUGACCUUUUUCAGCCCCACUUCCACCUGCGGUUUUAUACAUACAGAAAAAGAAAAGAAAAGAAAAAAGCGGAACAGCCCUGCCCACGGCACACACACCUCACGAUCCCCAACUGUCGCCCGGCGAGCGCACAUGUCAUUCCUUCUCAGGUUUCUCCCCUCGUGCGACCCUCCAGUCCUCCCACGCGACACACCCAUGAUCUGCUAGGGCCAAUAAAAUUGCUCCUCCAUCACUGCCUGCGGGCGCGCUCCCGCUGCCAAUCCGCCAUCGGAACUAGCCCUCCCUAUCCGUACUGCUGCUGCCAGAUGAUAUUGCCUCGUUCCUCUCAUGCUCGUUCAUCAUGUUGGCCACCGUGUGCAUCGGGUCGCCAUGGUGUUCCACCAUGAGGAGCACGUUACUGGCGCUGAAACGGGCGGGGAAGAGGCGGAUGCGUGGCGGUUUGCGGCUAUAGUCGCGCUGGCCAUCGCGAUCUACCUCCUGCGCUGGCUUCCGAACUCACCGGCAUCAUGGCGGCGGCGAGGUCGUUUGGAACCUCUUUAGUCAUCAUGCUCCUGGUGCUCACCGUGGCCCCGUCGCGGUGACCUGCUAGUCCUGGAUGACGCCCCGCAAGGUAGCGAAACCUGAUGCGAAGGAGGCAUCGGCAGGGACAACCGCCCUGCUUCUCCUCACAUCGCAUCCAAGAUAUCGAGAACCUUAGCGUGUUUCAGGUAGUUGUUCUUAAGGUGACAUCUCUGCUACUCUAACGGUGUUCUUCAUGGUAAAAUCUGCAGGUUCAUUAGGCCAUAUAGUUACUUUAUACGAAUGGUGCCAGAACUGGCGCGUGAUGAUGUUUGGGCAAGGGUUGUGAGAGGGAUGAGGUCUAGAGAGGGUUUAAGGAUAAUAGAACCCACUUGGAAGAAAAUCAAAAGUAAUUCCAAGUGGUAAUUAAAUCCAAAAGAAUUGACUGAAAACCUCAAAUGCAAAUUAAAUAUCCAAUAAAAAGAAAAAGGACAAAAUCCAGGGUGUCACAUUCUCCAUCAGUAAUGCGAGUAAAAUGAUCAGUGAAAAAUGUAAGCACACCAAGACUAUAACAAGCAAAUCUGCAGCUGCUGGAAAACUAAUGUUCUUGUCAUCAGAUACUAACUCCUCGAAGGGUCAGAUACUAACUCGCCUGCAUGCAUGUUCCUCGUUACAUCAAAAUAUGAAACAAACUAUCUUUGCCAUUGUUGAAGUAAUAUAACUGCUUACCUAGUACAUUAGCAUGAAUGUAACCAGAAUGCCAUAGACUUGUGGACAAGAAGCAGUGUCAUACAGAAUUGAACUAUAUCGUUGUGCAGUUAUACAAAAUUUAUACAGAAACACGUCCCUGCUCUGUUUCAAAAUUUCAAUUAUGUCAUUUGGCCUUGUUCUCAUGUCUUAAUCCUUCACGUGAAUGGCUACAUUCUGAAAGAAACUAACAACUACAUUUGUAAGUAGUACCGCAAAAUAUAGUUCCUUUCAAACAGACUGGUGCCAAACUACAUUUUAUGAGGCGCAACCCACAACAAUAGAAGAAGGUGAGGCAUAAAAGCAUAUGAAGGGACUAUAUACUUUAAUAAUCAAGAUAUGUUUUAAGUUGAGUUCACCGCUUGCAUCAAGUAAAAAAAACGGUGAUUAUUGAAGAGAAAUUUCAAGUUGAGUACCUGGAGCUAAAGAUAGGGCUACUAUGCUCACACCCAUUCGCCAAUGUAAGGCGUAGAAGGCGGCAAGUCAUGCACUACCUAGAUGGGGAAAUUGAACCUCCAGAGCGUUGUUGAUAAGGAGUCCCGCCUUGGAAACUUAGGCGGCAAGGCGCCCUGGCAGCGCCUUGCAAUUAUUCCCGCUUUAGGCGUUUAGGUGCUCCCCUUAGGUCACCUUACCGUCUUAUAAACGAUGCUCCAUAGUAAUGUUCUGUAGGGCUAGCCAUCAUGCAAAACGAAGGGUUCCAGCCAUACAUCAUUUCAUAUCCUCUGUCGACUAUAAAUGUUGGCAUAAUGUCCCACAUCUCAGGAGGAAGUAGCAUGGUGUUUUUCAUGUCUGAUACCCAAACAUAGCUUAAGGGUAUUUUGGUUUGUUUGUUAAAACAGCAUGUGCUCAACUGCUCGUUUUGUUUUGCCUGCAUCCAGACAUGUUGUGCAUUUUGUCUUCCUCAUGAUUAUUUUCCUGCAACAUCUUGGUUUUGUAUGAGAACCACGUCGUAACUCGUAAGUACUUGAUGUCACUGGUGCCAAAAAUUCACUAGAUUUAACUUUAUAAGUUCUUCUGCCAAUAUGUGUUCACACAUUCAUGAGGAGUAUGAUUGUAAUUUUACGACAAUGACUGUUUUUUUACAAUAAUUCAUUUGUGCCAUUAGGAGAAUCAUAAGGCCAGAUGGAUAAAAAAAACGAUAAGACAAACCAAGGUAGAUGCAGCUUGUUCAUUCUCCCAGAAAUCUUAAUGUAUUCCUGUCAAGAAUGUUUAGCAAUUUCGCUAGGCAAUAUGUAAAAUACCAAGGAUUUUAUGGUACCAAAGCAGAGUACCUAGGAUUCUUUGCAAUUUGGUCAUAAAUAAAGGUAUAACAAUAUUUCAAUGUUCCAUAUAAAGCAGUAAUAUCAAUUUGCUACACAUAUGGUAAGUAAAAUUUAUGCUAAUUGAAUUACAACACUGGUCUAUUUUGAACGUAAGAAUUUUAUAGAAAACAGUUCAGUUCUUACAAGAAUUGGGAAAAAAAAAAUGUCGCCUAAUCAGGUUCUAAGUUGUUCAAGUAAUAAUGCAUGUAUAGUAAGCAUGCUUGAAAUACUAGCUGCGCCAAUACCAUUCUGCUAGUUGAUAUUUAUUGACACUUGAUGAUCGAUUCAGACUGCAAGACAAGUGACUAAAAGGACAACAUCAGCGUCAUGUCACAGAAAGCGCUUUCAAUGGAAACAAGAAUCGAGUCUAAAGCACGAGAUGUUGAAUGUUCCUUUUCCCUUUUUGUAAACUGGAAUUAUUUUUUAAGAUGGCGUUUCUGCAAGGAUGGCUACACUAGAAACCAGAGAAAUGUAGGCUUCGAAGGUUCCUCGUACAUAAGGCUACACAGGUUUUCCACAGAAUGAGAUCGACUUGGACCGCAAGAUGAGUGGACUCAAAGGACAACAUCAGUGUCAUGUCAUGGAAAGUGAUUUCAAUGGAAAGAAGAAUCAAAGUCUUAAGUCUAAAGCACGAAACGUUGAAUGUUUCUUUUCCCUCUUUUGUGGACUGGGAUGUUAUUUCUAAGAUGACCUUUCUGCAAGGAUGGUUACACCAGAAACCAGAGAAAUUUUGGUAGGCUUCAAAGGUUCCUCAUACGACUACACAGGUUUUCCACAGAAUGCGAUUUAAUGAUCGUUUCAGACCGCGAGAUAAGUGGACUGAAAGGACAACAUCAGUCUCAUGUCAUGGAAAGUGGUUUCGAUGGAAAGAAGAAUCAAAGUCUAAAGUCUGAGACACUGAAUGUUUCUUUUUCCUUUUUUUGUAAACUGGGAAUAUUAUUUUUAAGAUAACAUUUCUGCAAGGAUGGCCACAUUAGAAACCAGAUAAAUUUUGGUAGGCUUCAAAGGUUCCUCAUACAUGGUUUCAAACCCUGUGCAAUGAAAGAGUACUACAACUCAAUCAUAGGAAACUACUAGUAUCUCUUAGGCGCGUGGGAAAUACUAGUAGACUGCAUGUCUAUCCAUCUUUUUUCAGACAAUAUCCAUUUGUGUAUCGCUUAUUGUUAAGAGUAUAUACAUGUAAGCGGGUUUAAAGAAAUUAAUUCUCCGUCAAUCCACACUGAUGAAGUGGAACCUAAACAGACACCCGGCACCUAUUACAGGCAGAUCUAAACUAGAGCAAAGUGUGUGUUCUUUAGGUACUCUCUUCAAGAAAUAGAGCAUAUUGUUGUUCCUCGAUCUGAACUCCGAAUACUCAUAUGCCAAGUUCCCUUGAUCCUAAAUAAUAAUCUCCAAAACUAUGCUGUCCUAUAAAGUCUAGACAAACUUUAAAUGCAGUUGCUUACUUUCAGUCCCGUCCACUUCAACGAUUUUACCUGGCAAAAAGACUACAAGUCGUUGAUGGGAAUCCUCUGCCCUUGCUGCAACGGAACAGUGAUGUUUAAAGUAAGCAGAAUCUUCAAACUGGGUAGACCGACCAGUACUAAGGUAGUGUGGCCUUCUUCCCUCUCGGAGCAGAGUGAAAAGUUGAGUGUUGCUGCACUGCACAGACAUAUCCAUGGCCAGGCCAAACAUGAAACCCAUUGUCCUGUUCUUCCUAAAGCUCCUCCUCAUCGGCCUUAGUGCACCACAGCUCAUCGCUGGCGAUGAAACCCAGAAGUUUGUCUAUUCUGGCUUCGCUAGCGCUAACCUCACCCUCGACGGCACAGCCUCAGUCACGCCAAGCGGGCUGCUCGAGCUGACCAAUGGCACGGUCAUGAGCAUGGGUCACGCCUUCCACCCGGCUCCGCUGCGCCUCCGCGACUCGCCCAACGGCACGAUACAGUCCUUCUCCGCCUCCUUCGUGUUCGGCAUCAUCUCCAUCUACGACUUGAGCAGCCAUGGCCUAACCAUGUUGGUCGCACCGAGCAAGGAUUUAUCCAAGGCGAUGCCAGUACAGUACUUGGGCCUCUUCAAUGGCUUGAACAACGGCAACACAACCAACCAUAUCUUUGCUGUUGAGCUCGACACAUGGCAAAACGCUGAGUUUGGCGACAUCGACUACAACCAUGUCGGUGUCGACAUCAACGGCCUCAGCUCCGAGAAGUCCCACACGGCUGGUUUCUUCCAUGACCAGAAUGGCACGUUCGAGAACUUGACUCUUGGUAGCCAAGAGGCGAUGCAGGUCUGGGUGGACUACGACAGAGAGAAGACGCAGAUUGAUGUUACCAUGGCUCCUCUCAACAUGACCACCAAGCCCAAGAGACCAAUAGUGUCCGCCAGGUACAACCUCUCUGCUGUGCUCAAAGAUGUGGCAUACAUCGGCUUCUCAUCUUCAACAGGCACGAUCAAAACACAGCAUUAUGUGCUCGGUUGGAGCUUCGCCAUGAAUGGUCCUGCCCCAGUCAUCAAUCUCUCCAUGCUUCCAAAGCUUCCACGCGAUCAUCCCAAGGGUCGUCGAUCCUGGGUCUUAGACAUAGUUCUGCCGGUAGGAACGGCAGUGGUCCUCCUGUCUUUGGGGGCCAUUGCGUUCCUCCUUGUGCGGAGGCAUUUCAGGUAUGCGGAGGUACGAGACAACUGGGAGGUGGAGUUCGGCCCACACCGUUUCUCAUACAAAGAUUUGUAUCAUGCAACGGGAGGAUUUGAGGACAAAAACCUUUUAGGAGUUGGAGGAUUCGGGAGAGUGUACAAAGGGGUGCUUCAGAAAUCAAGAUUGAAGAUAGCCGUGAAGAGGGUGUCACAUGAUUCCAAGCAAGGCAUGAAGGAGUUCAUUGCAGAAAUCGUCAGCAUAGGCCGCCUUCAAAACCGAAAUCUUGUGCCGUUGCUUGGCUAUUGUCGGCGUAAAGGUGAACUCCUCUUGGUAUAUGAGUACAUGCCCAAUGGAAGCCUUGAUAAGUACCUGCAUGGCAAAGAGGAUAACACAAUAUUGAGUUGGGCUCAACGGUUUCAGGUCAUCAAAGGAAUUGCAUCUGGCUUGCUUUAUCUCCACGAGGAGUGGGAGAAAGUGGUUGUUCAUCGAGACAUCAAGGCAAGCAAUGUGCUCCUUGACAACGAGAUGAAUGGGCGAUUGGGUGAUUUCGGCCUUGCAAGGCUGUAUGACCAUGGCAUCGACCCACAGACUACACAUGUGGUUGGCACCAUAGGCUACCUAGCUCCAGAGCUGGCACGCAGCGGAAAUGCCACUCCUCCUACUGAUGUCUUUGCCUUCGGCAUGUUCGUCCUUGAGGUCGUCUGUGGACAAAGGCCCGUCAAUCAUCAAAACACACAAGACAGCCAGGUCAUGUUGGUCGAUUGGGUGAUCGACAAUGUGCAGAAAGGAUCAUUCGGUGAUGCGGUGGAUGCUAGGCUGAAAGGGAGGUAUGAUGCAGGUGAGGCAUACUUUGCGCUAAAGAUAGGGCUACUAUGCUCACACCCAUUCGCUAACGCAAGGCCUAGCAUGCGGCAAGUCAUGCAAUACCUAGAUGGGGAAACCGAACCUCCAGAGUUAAGCUUCGAGGUGCUGACUUUGAUGCAAAACGAAGGGUUCGAGCCGUACGUCAUUUCAUAUUCUGUGUCAACUACAAGCAUUGGCACAGUAUCCCAACUCUCAGGAGGAAGAUGAGCAUGGUGUUUGUCAUGUAUGAUAUCUGAAUAUAUUUAUGAAAUACAUUAAGGAACAUAUAUAGUAUUGUAAGUGUGAUGAGGCAUCUAUAGGAAGCCUAUAUAUAUACAUAUAUCUUAACCCCUUAAGGAUAUUCAGGGUUAUCUGUAAAA